GGUUCCCUGGGUCUGUUGCGGAACCAGGCUGCGCGUGACGAACGGCAUCAACAAGAAUGGCUAAACAUCCGGGCCUGGUAGACGAGUUGAAUAUGGAAUAGAUGCCAAGAGUGUGUCAUUGCUGGUGCAUUAAUGAUACAGACGCUCACGUAAUACACCACACAGGAUGGAUGAAACUGACAUGGAAAUUCUCUUUGAUGGCAAGCAUGGUCUCAGUCUGAAACAAGGUCUUAAUAGGCUGUACAAGGACAAGGCUCUGUGUGAUGUGACCUUGACCUCCAGUGAUGGCGUGGACAUUCAAGCUCAUUGGCUGGUUCUGGCAGCACAUUCAGAUUUUCUUCAGCAUCUGGCAGUCAACAGGAAUGUGGUGCUGUCAGACACAGGCAGCCUGAAACUAAAUAUAGAGUCGGAGAUACUGAAGAUGAUGCUGAACUAUCUCUACACUGGGGAGCUUGUGGUCACCAAGGACACUCUGCACAAGAUAAAGAUGGCCGCCAAGGUAUUACAGCUGUCCAAAGCUCUUGCCUUGCUGGAGCAGUCUCACUUGUCAGGCUUGGGUGAUCAGAGCUUUGAAGCUGAGUCCAAAAUACUGCAGCCAACUGCAUCACUUCAGGCACCUGAUCUUGAACAACAGCAGCUCCAGAGUCCAGACGACCAGGGGUUUGCUGUUAUGGGAACAUUAACACAGUCGCCCGCAUCAUAUGGUCAGGUUCAGUCAAUGCAGUCACCUGCACCAUUUGUCCAAGUGCAGUCAACUGCCUCACCCAUGUUAUAUUCCCAGGGUUAUCUCCAAAGCCAACACUAUGACAAUGAUUCCCAUAGAAUGCAGCAACCUGCAACAGUGUUGAAGGAGGAAGCAUCACCUUUACUACCUACCAUUUUAUCUGUGGAAUCUAUUAGUGACAGUCAAACAGCAUUUAGCUCCCCAUCAUUCAGUAAUGCAUAUCUAGACCAAAGACCUCACACCAAGGACAGUUCUCAUGAACAUGAAUCUGGUGAGCCAGGUAGAAGGAGAAGUGAGCCCACUAGGCAGCUCUUGGAUGAAGGUCAGAUAGUAGCUGGGAAGAGACCAGGUGGAGAUAGGAAUGCACGGUGCUUAUUUAUGUCUGAUGGAAAAGACCAAGCUGUCAUUCAAACAAAAAGAGGAAGACCAAAAAAAAAAUUUAAUGUGAACAUUCCCAUCUUUCAAUGUUCCUCAGCAAAGUUUGUGACUCUUAGUACAAGAAAAAAUAUGUCUGCAACAAAAAAAAAGAUGAAUCAAAAUAAAUCAUCUGGUUCUGUUGUGUUAGAAGCCGUGAAACCUUAUCUCUGCCAAAAAAGAUCAUUGAAUGAACAUAAAGAAGGGGAAUCUUCACAUAAGAGUGCAGAAGUUGCAGCAGAACAUAUGACAGCACAAAAUAAAUGUAGUUCUACACGAGACAGUGUUGAAGUAGACCUAGGGCUCGUGAAGACCGAACAGUUUGAUGGCCUGGAUUAUGCCAUAUAUGAGAAUCCUGACACCUCUGAUACUGAUUCCUGUGGAAACUCUUUAUCUCACUGUGCUCAAGACAAAGCUAGAAAUUGUAGAGCCAGAAAAAUCAUCACCUCAAAACUUCAGAAACAUUCAUCAUCUAUGUCAUAUUACAGAUUCACAAGUGUAUUAAGGAGUAAAUAUUUACUUUCUCAAUAUGUCCAAAACAUGUGUAUUUGGAAGACAGAAAUGUCACCAUUUCGCUGCAAGGUGUGUAAGAGAGGGUUCAAGCACCUCAGUUCAUUGAAAUAUCACUGUUUGUCAACACACUUAUCAAAAGUCAGAAGAUUGAAAAGAAAUCUUCCAACAGAGGCUCUAAACGCAACUCAACCAACAAUUACUGAAGGUUCUGGCCAGGUGGGAGAGUGGAGGAUGUCAAGAAGGAUCUCAACACAACAAGAUCACACAGCUAACAUAUCACUGUUGCAGUCAGGUGAGGACAGACUGAAUGUAGUUUUGGACAACACUAUGCCAUCCACUACUGCAGGCAGCACCAGUCGUGAAAUUGAAAAGAAACACUUCAUGCAAGAAAAUUCCAAGACAAAAGAGGUUUACAUUUCUCCGAGGUAUCCCUGCAGUAACUGUGGUAAACCAUUCCAUGUUAAAAGUAACAUGCUUUGCCAUUUUGAGACAUGCAAUGAGCCAAAGGUCAAGGUCGAAGAGAUCCCACAUAGAGAGGUCAUUGGCAAGCCUAAAAAGGAGCCAAAGGUCAAGGUCGAAGAGAUCCCACAUAGAAAGGUCAUUGGCAAGCCUAAGGAGAUCGCCUCCAGCCGGAGGACAGCAGAUGUGAAGAAAUUAUCGAACUCUCAGUUGUCACUGUUGCAGUCAGGUGAGGACAGACUGAAUGUAGUUUUGGACAACAGUAUGCCAUCCACUACUGCAGGCAGCACCAGUCGUGAAAUUGAAAAGAAACACUUCAUGCAAGAAAAUUCCAGGACAAAGGAGCCUUACAAUUCUCCAAGGUAUCCCUGCAGUAACUGUGGUAAACCAUUCCAAAUUAAAAGUAACAUGCUUUGCCAUUUUGAGACAUGCAAUGAGCCAAAGGUCAAGGUCGAAGAGAUCCCACAUAGAGAGGUCAUUGGCGAGCCUAAAAAGGAGCCAAAGGUCAAGGACGAAGAGAUCCCACAUAGAAAGGUCAUUGGCGAGCCUAAAGAGAUCACCUCCAGCCGGAGGACAGCAGAUGUGAAGAAAUCAUCGAACUCUCAGUUGUCUUUGUUGCAGUCAGGUGAGGACAGACAGCAUGUAGUUUUGGACAACACUAUGCCAUCCACUACUGCAGACAGCACCAGUCGUGAAAGUGAAAAGAAACACUUCAUGCAAGAAAAUUCCAGGACAAAAGAGGUUUACAUUUCGCCGAGGUAUCCCUGCAGUAACUGUGGUAAACCAUUCCAUUUUAAAAGUAACAUGCUUCGCCAUUUUAAGACAUGCAAUGAGCCAAAGGUCAAGGUCGAAGAGAUCCCACAUAGAGAGGUCAUUGGCGAGCCUAAAGAGAUCGCCUCCAGCCGGAGGACAGCAGAUGUGAAGAAAUCAUCGAACUCUCAGUUGGUAAGGUUAUAUACCAAUGGAGCAACUUGCACAUUGUGUAACAAAACAUUUACCCGCUCUGAUACCACAAUAAGGCAUAUUCGUACAGUCCACUUUAAGCAGAAAUAUACAAGGAGGAGUUCAGUUUUUCAGCUCAUAAGAAAACAUGUCAUUUGAUAACUUAAUGAAAAGGCAAUAUUUUCUCUUCUUGAGUGGCUUCAAGGCACGCUCAAGACAUCACAAGGCACUCGGCCUGAUUUCGAAUUGUUGCAAGAAUACAUUAUUUUUUUAUUUUUCUGGGAUGUUGUUUGUCAGUUUUUCUUCUCCUUUUAUGUUUGUACCAAAACAUGGUUGAAGUGUCUGAAAUAGGGUGAUGUCACCUAACUGAAAGUCUUUACAGUUUGUAAAAGUUUACCCAGAUCUGCUUUUGCAGCAUUCCAGUGCAUAUUGACUCUGUGAACUGAUUUUGCGUAAUUGAGGAGCUGAACUUUAGCAAGUUUGUUUUUCUUUGUUAUGACAUCAUGUUUGGUUCAGAUCAUUAGAUGUUAGUGUUAUUGUUUAUUCUUUCGUGUAUAUUAUUACUCAUCUACAUUGAUGCUGUCACAAAUUAUCAUGAUUAUGUACAUACACAUCAGUUAUUUACCAUGUCUACAUGACCUUUAGCAUUAGAUGUACCAUGCUAUAAUUUGUAAACUUCUUAUGUGAAUCAUUGUUGUAUAUAAGCAGGAUUUCACUCAGCAAUAAAAAAAGUGCUUUUUUGUCA